UCUGAUCACUUUACCCAACAGUAGUGUUCCUGGUUGGCUAUAUAAUUCCCUUGUGUUGUUUGGUGGAGACUACCAAAAACAAUGAAAUACAAUGAGAUACCUCACUUCAGCCACCCCCAACACAAGCUCAAGUUUGAGUAUAUUGAGCUUCCAUUCAAGUGUGAUGGCUGCAAGGAAGCUGGGAUAGGAUCGCGCUACAAGUGCAGCAUAUGUGACUAUGAUCUUCACACACAUUGUGCCCUUCCUUCACCCUCCAUCACCCACCCUUUCUAUACCAAGUGUUCCUUUCAGUUCCUCCCCAGGCCGCCUGGCGAUGCUGCCCGCUUCUGCAACGCCUGCGAGAAGGACAUCACCGGCUUCUUAUACCACUGCAACUCCUGCGGGUUCGACCUCCACCCCUGCUGUGCGAGGCUCCCCAUGGUGCUUGACGAUGGGGAGAUGAAGCUGUAUCUGUAUAGGAAGGUGAGCGCCUCGUGUGAUCGGUGCGGGAGGAAGGGAAGGAGCUGGAGCUAUAGAUCAAAGUGCAAGAAGUAUAAUCUGCACGUGGCGUGUGUGAAGGAAAUGCUGGUGGAGAGCUGGCAUGAGAUAUAUUAUGGGCGGGGAAAUGGUAGGAAGUUGGAGACGAGAAUUCCAAGCAUCAAAAGCACACUCCAGGCACAUCAUCAUAAGAGUAAAGGCAAAGCGAAGAAAUGCUGUGAGAUGGCUGGCUUGGCUAUGCAGUUUGUUGUCUCCGCAGUUCUAGGUGAUCCGACAACUUUGAUUGCUGGGGUCGUUGGGUCCUUGAUGUCUAGGUCUUGAUGCUUGCCUUUGGUUUGAAAGAGUUCCAUUUCUGAAUCCUAAUGUUGUGUGUGUGUGUGUGUGGGAUGUGGGCGUAGAGGGGUAUGAGCAGGAGCUAGGGGGAAAUGGAGAAAAAGGUGUCCAAAUUAAUUAAUCCCCAUAACCCCAUAUGCUCCAGCUAGUGUGUUAUCUUUUUUCAACCUUCUAUAUAUAUAUAUAUAUAUAUAAUUUCAUUGA